AUGGCUACUUUCUUCCAAAGCGUCCGCCAGGGAUUUGGUCGAGGAUCCAACAGAAAUAACAAUAACAAUAACAACACCCCUCCUAAAUUGAAUGACGGUGCACACAAUACUUUGCCAGCAUCACAUCCCUCGAAUACGUCGGGCCUUAUGAACUCUCCUUCCAUCUCCUCCACCUUCAGCGUCGACAACACCGCUAUCGACAACGAACCUGUCAAGUACUUCUUUCAGGAGAAAUAUGCCCCGCUCAAUGUUAAAGGCAACUUUUUGACUCUUUGUGCCUGCCCAAAGAAUGUCGAGCUUGGCGAAUGGCUGGCUCAUCAGAUUGUCGAGCAAAACCGCCUCCUUCAUAGCAUGCUACAGGUCAUUCAGGAAAUCAAUGGAAUAACUGGCCUUCCAAUUUGCAAUGAAACGACAUGUCCUACUAUGUCAGCAGGCCGUCUCACAUACACCUGGCUGGUCGAUGGGAGAGCGGCCAGGAUAUCUGCACCAAAGUUCAUCAACAGGGUUGAAAAGUGGAUCGUGAGCAAAAUCCAUGAUCCAGUCAUGUUUCCCACCGAGAACAACGGCGGAGCUACACUAGUCGUAUCGAGUAAUGCGAGUGCUGCUAACGCCACCACCCUGCCAAACGGAGGUGACCAAGAUUGGAUUGGAAAGAGCAGCGGUUUCCCUCAAACUUUCUACAAAGAUUGCCAGGGAAUCAUGAAACAGAUGUUCCGCUGCUACGCACAUCUGUACCAUGGCCACUGGGAGAAUCCCUUCUUCCACAUCAACAAGCACGAAGUCCUUAACAUGUGCUUUGUACAUUUCGUGACCGUGGCAAAGUACUACAAACUUGUUGCCAACAAGGAAAUGGAACCCAUGCAGCCAUUGAUUGACCUCUUCAUCAAACAAGAGAAGAUCCCUCCCGAAGCCCUGGCCGGCCACUGGGCGCAGCAUCCCAAUACUUUAACGUCUCCAACGAACCCCUCUUCCAAUUAG